UUAAUUGUUCCGGAGUUCCUCCCAACCAGAACACCCUCCCAGAGCAGAGCAGUCUGAGCCUCAGUACGACAGACAGGACAGAAGACAGGCACAAUGGAGGUGAAGGUGUUCGUGGACGGUAUUCCCCGUGUGGUUUGUGGCGUAACAGAGGAAACGACAUGUCAAGAAGUCGUUAUAGCAUUGGCUCAAGCCCUUGGUCAACCAGGGCGCUACACAUUACAGGAGAAAUUUAAAGACUUUGAGCGGAGCAUGGCACCCAAUGAAUGCCUACUGGAGACUCUUGAGAAAUACGGCCAGCAGGCAAGGGACGUCCGACUCACACUGCUUCACAACGGACCCUUGGUCUUGGACGAAAUGAGCAGGACAAAAGUUGGCAGAUACCAGCCUUGCCCACCAUUGAGAAGGAAAGAUGCAGGCACCAGAAUGCGGCGGGGAAGCGGUUUACUGAGUUUGCAUCGUCAAAGUUUGCCACCAAGUUUGAGACAAGAGGCUGAGCAGCAGAAAGAGGAUGUGAAACGGCCAAAAAGAAAGUCUCUGACGCUCAUGGAGGAAGCCUGGGAAUGGCUGGAGAGUCUGGGUAAAGGCAAGGUCUAUAGUACCGCAUGUGAUAAGGACAGCAGUAAGAAGACCGAUAAAAGGAAUUGUACCUCUUUGGGUGUUUCUCUCACUGUGGACGAUGGUAACUCAGGUAGAAGAAGUAGAAGCAAAGUCAGAGGUCAGAAAAGUGUGAAGUCAGACUUGGAUCAUCAAACGUCCUGCUGCAUGGGAAGCCAGACGAGGGGUAAAGUAAGUAAACGAGCAGAGAAGACUGAAGUGGCAACAUCUGAUCAAGUAGCCAGCUCGAAAUCUGCUACAAGUGAAGAUGAGAAAAACAGUCUAAGAGAAACCAUAAUAUAUCAACUGAGCUGUUUGCAGGAUUUGCAGGACCAGAUUGCACGCAUAGACAAACAGAUUUUGGAGCUUGAGGAAAAACAACGGGCUGAAAAAGACGAGCAGGAAGCCCAGGAGAGAAUGGUUGAAGAGGAGGAAGAGCAGAUCAAGUUUUGGGAGAAUGAGUUAAAGGCAGAGGAAGGUUUCGAGAAAGAUUUGCAAAGCCAGUUCCUUGAGAUGAGAGCAAAUGCUGUUAGGUGCAAGGCCAAACUGGAGGAGUACAAGCACAAAAUGCAGGGGCUUGAAUUCUUUGCCACUCCAAACAGUGAUGAAGGGGUUUCAGAGAGCAUUUCGGAAAACGUUGAAAAUGCUGCCACGGAGAAUUCAGCCGUUUCAACUAAGGACCAACAAUCUGAUCAAGAUGGGGAUGUAAAUAUUAACAGGAAGUUCCUGCCCAGUGAGGACUUGAACCCUCCUCACGCUCUAGUUCCUCCCGGGCAGAUAAAGGAGCGACGGCCCACCGGGCCCACAGAACUGAGGGAGUGGUGGACACGCUGGUCUCAAGCCCAAGGCCCUCAACCACAGACUAGAAAGAAGGUGAUUCACCGCUCUGAGCUUACCAUAUAUCUGGGCAGUACCAAGGUUUAGAAUCAUAUUGACAAAUGUCCCAAAUAUUAAGACUUUAGGAGAAUACAUAUUGGGAAUGCCUUCCUGUGUGGUCAUUUCAAUCAUCCCAAUGCAAGAUGCUGAUCCUUCUGGUUCAACAUGUAUUCGGCAUUUUGUAAAUGUGCAACUCUGAACUCCUAAGCGAGUGAACAAGGGUUUUUACAGGAAGUACUUCCAUAACAAAACCCAAAAAGAAAAAUCUUAAGCUACUUUUGUGUACAGUACAAUAAACAUACACUAACAAAAUACUUAUCUUAAAUUUGAAAUUCAAAACUACUUCUGUAAGGAGGAUUUUGUGAAUCGAACAUGAGACCAUGCAUAUUUGUGAAUAAUAUUGUACUCUACUUAAAUAUAGGGAAAUAAAGAACUUUCUUUUUUUCCAGCUUUCAUGCGAGCACUUUGUGGAUGCCGUCCACAAUUUGAGGAACGAUUAACUUUGUAAACUAAACUGUUGUGACACUGAAUCUUCUUUCUGAGGAAACGGAUCAUUUUAUCUGUUGUGAAUAUGCACAUUUUGUCAUCUGCUGAAUACCAUUAAUUGUUUUACUGUGGAGAACCCAUCUUGUCUUUAUGUAAUAAACCAUUAGCUAAUCUC